UGUCAUCGGCAACCUUUGGACAAAAGAAUUAGCCGUUACUCUCAUCGGAAUUUCUACCCAGAUCUGCAUAGUGAAUAGGAUUCCGUCAUUCUCCAUCGUGAUUUCUUUCGAAAUAUCUCUUCCAUCUCUAUGGACCUUUAUUCUUGCCUAUUUAAGUUGAUUUUGAAGUUGCGUUUCUUCCUCGGUCUCAGCCCAACCUUUGCAGGAGUCUCCAAUGGCUUUGAAUACUUUUUGGGACCAGAGGUGUCGUGGAAGCCCUACAAUUCUAAGCCAAGUUGCAUUGAGUUUGUACUCCUUUUCUACAGCCCCUAUAGUCGGUUUUCACCACUGUAGACUGACUGGGAUCUUUUGAAGACAUGUCUUCCCAAAACCAACUGCUAGUGAGGCUUCUCUGUCUCGUUCUAAUAGAGUAGAAGCUAGUAUAGUGCCUUUCCUAGGAGCAAGAUUUUUUCCCAGUUGAGACUCCAUUGGAGAUGAUGAAAGCGAUUCACAUGAUAUUGCAUAAAUAUCUUCCCUCUACCUCCAAUUCCGAUUCACAUGAGGAUGAAUAGAAUGUAUAUGGACCAACACCGAGUGUGCUAUGUGUGACAUAGAUAGAGUUUCUAUCUUCCCACUGAUUGCAACUUCCUUGAGACUGUGAAUCUGCAAGAGUGACAUUGGUGUUGUAAGCAAUUAGGAUAUGAACUGUAAUUUGUAUAGGGAUGUAGACUGUGGUUGUCGCAUUUCCUCAUUGAUUGAAAACUAGAUAAACCAGAGAACUCCGAACGCUAGAUGCAUACUGCUGAAAUGUGUUGGAUUGAAUUGUUGUUGAUACCCACUAUAAAAACCCCCAUAUCCUGUAUAUCUAUACCCAUAAGGAUUUCCUCCAUAACCACCUUUAGAACUUGGAGGUAGGACAUAUGUGAAAUUGGAAGUAUAAUGAGUAUUUUGAAUUGCCAUCAACAAAUACCCACAGUGCGAGGAUGAUUGCUUUGAUACCAAAUGAUGAAAUAUGAAAUUUGAGAGGAAAACAAACUAUAAACAAUGAUAAGCUAAAGUUAUUCUAGAUAGAGCUAAGAGAUGGUUUUCAUUGAUAUCUCUCAAAUGAGCAUAUCCAAGGUAUUUAUACAAUGCAAAACAAAACCCUAGAUAAAUUGAAAUGACAACAUUAUCCUGAUAAGUUGACUUAGGGUGCUAAAGAAAUAGGAAUAGAAAAUUGGGACUAAAUUGUAAUUAAGAAAGUAUACUACGUUUGAACUCUCUAGGUAGGAUCUGCAACAUUAUAUGUAUUAAAUACUUGAGACGAGUUCUUGAAGUGUCAACUGCUGCUUUGUUUUGUUGAAGAAAAUGAAAAGUUUUGAAUAUUUUAAGUUUAUGUAUUUGAUUUUAUUUUUCAUGUUGAAUGCUGUGCUCUAUAAUUUUAAAUUAAUGCAAAGUCGCCAUCUUUGGUACAAAAACAGAAUACGAAAACAUAAUCCAUCACAUAAGGUACUUUAGGAAUGGAAGGCUUUCCUUAUGUGAAGGAGAACUUUUAUAUUUUUAUUUUCUGUGCCCUAUCCAACUGCUUCCUAGAUAAGCCAAUAAAGUAAGGCUCUUCGCUGCUUCAAGGCUUUUGUUCAACUUGAAAUGAUUAGGGUUGUUGCGCAUCAUGAUUUAUGAGGAUCUCAUGCUGUUCGUGCAUCCUUUUCAUGUGUCAAUUCAGUACCUAGUACCUACAAACGGAUAAUAGUUUUGCAAAUAAUUGGUUAGGUUUAUGUGCAUCAACAAUAAUUACGUGUUAAUCCCAAACUAGUUGAAACCAGCUAUAUGAAUCCACAAUAUUGAUUUCGUUCCGCCUACUUAGGUUCUUUGUGAUUGUUGAAAAUCUGUUGGAUUAUUGGAAUCUUCUUUGAAGCAAAGAAUUCUAAUGGUUGUAGUAUGUGUUUUAAUCAUCUCGUCUUCUCAUGCAUUUUGAAACCAUGAAGCUGCUUAUAUUAUAUCAUGAUAAUGGUUUGUGAAGUGCAUGCAAUUAUAGGACAAAACAAGUAGAAUAUAACACGGACUCGGAAGAAAGUGGAGAUGAUGAUGAGCAAGCUCAUGGUGCCUCCGAUGAUGACAAUGAAGUCUACAUGUAGGUGGUGUCGGAAACCCGGGGGGACGGAUUGGAGGUGCCGAAACUGAUGACGAUAAUUUAGAGGCUUCAGGUUCAGAUGAAGAACGUCGGAAACCCCGGGGGACGGAUUGGAGGUGCCGAAACUGAUGACGAUGAUUUAGAGGCUUCAGUUUCAGAUGAAGAACAAGAAUUGAGAGUAAAUGGUCAACCUACAAGAGGGGCUUGUGCAAGCACGAGCUCAUUUCACUCUCAUUUGGAUCACAAGUUAUCCAAAGAAGAGGUUGACAAGCUAGAGAAAAAGAAAUGGGCUUACAAAUGGGUGGUAGCCAUGUCAAAUUACAAGUGGAGGGGCACAGGCGAGUGUUUUCUGAAGGAGCUGGGCAGCUUCUUGUUUCAUGGCUUGAAGACAACACUAUACAAGCAUUGGUUAGGUAUCUAUGAGAAGUCUGUCGGGGUAGAUUUUGAUUCAUCAAAGCAGAGAUUAUUUUUCUCCAUCUGCAACAGCUACCGGGAUAUUCUGCACCACAACAAGAAACCCUUCUAUCUCAAAGGUCUAGAAGAAGAUUCACGUACCAUGGAUGCUUAUAUUAUGCAUUCUCUCAAUCAUAUCUUUAGAACCAGGGAUCUUGUAAAGAAGAACGAUGCAAAACUACCUAAGCUUCAGGAGAAUGUGAAAGCAGAUGUGCUUAACAAUGAAGCCUUUCUUGACCGUGGGUUUACUCGCUCGAAGGUUUUGAUCCUUCUCCCUCUAGCAAGUGUUGCAUUUCGGGUAGUCAAGCUGCUGAUCGAUUUGACACCUCCUAAAUACAAGUCUAAUGUAGAGGAGCAUGAACGUUUCUAUAGAGAAUUCGGAGCUGGGGUAAGCGAAGACAAGGAGGAUGAAGAUGUUGCGGAAAUGUCUGAAUCAAAAAGGAACUCAAAACCAUCUGAUUUUCAAACAUUAUUUGGGGGAAAUAACAAUGAUCAUUUCAUGAUUGGAAUUAAAUUCACUAGGAGGAGCAUAAGAUUGUACGGUGACUUCUACUCAUCAGACAUGAUUGUUGCUUACCCUCUUGGCUUGAUCACUAAAAUCGGGGAGGCAGAAUUAUACAAGGAUAAAAAUGUUGAUUAUCUGUCUUCUAUAGAGGUUUUAAUUGUUUUAAUUGUUGACCACGCGGAUAUCAUAUUGAUGCAGAAUUGGUCACACACGAAUACAAUUGUUGAACAAUUAAAUCGGAUACCUUCUGAGCAGCAUGGGACAGACAUUAUGCACAUUAGGCAGUGGUAUUUAGACGGUCAAGCACCAUUAUAUCGGCAAUCAAUAAUCUUGUCUUCUCAUAUAAGUCCAGAUAUCAAUGGGUUAUUCAACCAUCAUUGCCUCAACCAUGAAGGAAAGGUCAAAUUGGCAAGCGAGUAUAAAGGUGUUUUACCAAAGGUAGUACUUCAAAUACAGCAGAUUUAUGAGCGGUUUGAUGCGAAUACUGCAGAAGAUGCUGAUGAUGCCCGGUUUGAUUAUUUCACCAAAAAGGUGUUCCCUAAGAUAAAGGAUUCCACUCAGGGUGGUAUAAUGCUAUUUAGUAGCUCUUACUUUGAGUUUAUCCGAGUAAGGAACUUUUUGAAGUCACAAGAGGCAUCCUAUUGUUUAUUGGGAGAGUACACUGAGCAGAGUGACAUAUCUCGUGCACGCGUGUGGUUUUUUGAUGGAAAGAAGAAAAUCAUGCUUUACACUGAAAGAGCUCACUUCUAUCACCGAUACAAGAUACGUGGCAGUCAGAAUUUGAUCAUUUAUUCGCUUCCAGAGCGGAAAGAAUUUUACCCGGAGCUUAAACAGAUUGUUGGUACUGCUGCUGCAAAAAGGAUGGUCACGUCGGACAAGGGUGUUUUCGUCUUUUGCUGAAAGGCAAGUCACCAUUUUUUCUACAGAAGUGUUGGGCAAAGGAAAAAUCUUGCUCUCAAAAGGGUCCAACUAUUACUGUAGCUCAGAGAUUUGGUUCUUGUCUUAACUCGUCAAAAAAGGAAAAAAAAAUGGAUGGUUCUUGUCUUCAAUUCAGAAAUCUUAUUUAAUAUAUAUUUUGAGCAAUGUUUGCUUAAUCAAUUUUGUUUCCUUUUGGAAUUGUGAUAUUAAUAACAUUAUUCAAAUUCCAGAAACAUAAAAAAAUGAACCUUUUCU